CGGCUAGUGAGAUGACGUCACACCUUCUGCGCCAAAUGCCGGGGUGAAGAGGUUUAUAGCAGCAAGAGUGCACAGUAAUGAGGUACAGGGAUCACCUCGGCAGUUCUCAGCAGGACCAUCGCCUGCUCUCAGAAUGACCUCCAUGGAUAAAAGCAGCAUUUACAUGGCAGACAGGAUUUUAAGCCUCACCCUGGAGAUCUUAUUCCUUCUGAUCGGAGAGGAUUACACAGUAAUGAAGAAGACGUGCGCCGAUCGUAUAACUCCAAGCAGCAGCCCCACUGAGUCAGGAGGUAGGAUCGCGGCCAAAGAAACCGACCAGAUAACACCCACAGACUUUGUGAGCCAUGAGAAGAACAAGAAGAUUCUUCAGCUCACCAACCAGAUCAUCCAUCUGCUGACAAGAGAGGUUCCUGCACGCUGUGAGGACGUCGCCGUCUACUUCUCUAUAGAAGAAUGGGAUUAUGUAGAUAAACACAAGCAUCUGUACAAGAAAGUCAUGCUGGAUGAUCACCAGCAGAACCUGUACAAGAAGGUCAUCCUGGAUGAUCACCAGCAGAACCUGUACAAGAAGGUCAUCAUGGAUGAUCACCAGCAGAACCUGUACAAGAAGGUCAUCAUGGAUGAUCACCAGCAGAACCUGUACAAGAAGGUCAUCAUGGAUGAUCACCAGCAGAACCUGUACAAGAACGUCAUCAUGGAUGAUCACCAGCAGAACCUGUACAAGAACGUCAUCAUGGAUGAUCACCAGUGCUCAUCACAGGGUGAGCAGCCGGUUUUGACUCCUAAGCAUGAAAAAGAUGAUGCCAUCAGAGAAGAGCCUUUAAGUGAUUUGAAUAUCACAACGGUGAAGUUUGUAACCGGUGGUGACUACAUCUCAGGUGACCUUAGUAAAGAGGAAGCAACGUCUGUAAACAUCAUUCACUGCGAUGACCACAUCAGCACAGCGCCAAAGCCAUCAAUUUCUUUAGAGAGCGGUGAACAACUACUUUUGACUCCCAAGCAUGAAAUGGAAACAGAUGACUUCCUAGAAGAGCAUUUAAAUGACUUUCAUAUCACAACGAUAGAGUCCCUGACCGGUGCUGACCACGUCCCAUCUGUCCUUAGCAGGCACCAGCCAUUGUCAGCAGACAACACGGACCAUGAUGACCACGUCGGCUCAGCACAGGAGCCAUUGUCUUGUUCGGAGUGCGGUAAACGUUUUAAGUUUCGAUCAAGACUCAUUGCACAUGAGCGCGUUCACACAGGGGAAAAACCUUUCUCAUGUCCCGAGUGUGGGAAGUGUUUUAUAAGAAAAUCACAACUUGUUCAACACAAAAAAAUUCACACUGGAGAAGAGCAAUGUUCAUUUUGUGGGAGGUGUUUUGCACAAAAAUCUAUACUCAUCCAGCAUGAGAGAACCCACACGGGAGAACGGCCAUUUUCUUGUCUUCAGUGCGGACAGUGUUUUGCACAGGAGGCAACGCUAAUGAAACACAAGCGCAUUCACACCGGGGAGAAGCCCUUCUCUUGUUCAGAAUGUGGGAAACGAUUCAUGCUGAAAUCUUACCUCCGCUGUCAUCAGAGAACUCAUACCGGAGAGAAGCCAUUUUCCUGCUGUUACUGUGACAAGCGCUUUACACAGAAAUCCCAUCUCUCUGAACAUAUUAAGAUUCACACGGGGGCAAAACUUUUCUCUUGUUUGGAGUGUGAUAAAAGCUUCACGCAGAAGUCUGGCCUCAUUCUGCACCAGCGCCUCCACACGGGCGAGAAACCUUUCUCCUGCUCGGAGUGCGGUAAACGUUUUAUCAAGAAGGCGCAACUCGUUCAGCAUAAAAGAAUCCACACCGGGGAGGAACAGUGUUUGGUUUGUGGAAAAUGUUUUACACAUAAAUCUAAAUUAGUCGAUCACCAGAGAACCCACACGGGCGAGCGGCCAUACACGUGUCAUCAAUGCGGGAAAAGUUUUGCACUCCAGACGACAUUAACAAGACACCAGCGGCUCCACAUGGGGGAUAAGCUCCUCUGUUGUUCCGAGUGUGGCAAAAGUUUUAUGCAAAAGUCAGAUCUGUGUCGUCAUCAGCGGACUCAUACGCAACCGCAACCACCUUAAUAUGAGUUAUCCCAUGAUUAAUGUAAAAAAAUAAAAUCCAAUAUCCUAUAAUAUGCAGCAGUCUCUUUCUAACAAAGCUAGGACCAGCCCUGUACCUCACAUGUGUCCAGAGAUCUCCCCAUUCAUUGCACUAAUUGCUCUGCUAGAUUUAUUUCAAGCUGGCAGCUCUAAGGGGGGCAUGUCCUUUCUCAGGGGGGCGUGCAGCCGGUGAAAGGUGAAACUGAGCAUGAGCUUCCACCUCAGUGAUCAGGACAGAAAAAAAUUUGAAAAGAGCCAACAGCAGGUGGCGCUAUACAGAUAGAUUUUAUUCAUUAACUGAGUGGCUAUACAACAUCUGUCAGCAGUUUUGUACCUAUGACACUGGCUGACCUGUUACAUGUGCAGUUGGCAGCUG